CCGUACAGCCUGGAGGUCCUGGGCACUGAUCCUCCGUCAGCGUACCGGCGGAACAUGAACCACGCCAAGCCCCCGUACUCCUACAUCUCGCUGAUCUGCAUGGCCAUCCAGCAGGCGCCGUCCAAGAAGCUCACCCUGAACGACAUCUACGACUGGAUCCGGCAGCUCUUCCCUUUCUACAGGCAGAACCAGCAGCGCUGGCAGAACUCAAUCCGCCACUCGUUGUCCUUCAACGACUGCUUCAUCCGCGUGGCCCGCUCGCCGGACUCCCCCGGGAAGGGCUCCUACUGGACACUCCACCCUGACUCGGGGAACAUGUUCGAGAACGGCUGCUACAUGCGCCGGCAGAAACGCUUCCGGUGUGCCAGACAGACGCCAGCGUCCCCCUCCAAAGGCAAGGGCGAGGCGGCCGAGGGGAAGCCGGGGAAGGGAGAGGAGAAGAGGCGGAAGACGGCAGAGGCCAAAGCCCCAGCACCUGCCUCUGAUUCUGCGCCCAUGUCGUCCGCCACACCUCCCUCGACUACCUCCACGUUUGCCCUGACUCCACCUGUCGCGACCCCCUGCGCCCUCCGGCCCAAAUCCCCAUCGCCCCCUCCACCCCUCCAGCGCCUCUCCUUCCCUCCUCCGGCCCACGAGCCUCUGGCCCACCACCUGUCCCCUCCGUCCGUGCCCUCCCUCAACCCCGUCACGGCCUCCCUCUCUCAGCCCCACCAUGCCCUCCAGACUCCCCAGCCUCUGGCUCCCCCGUCCUUCUCCAUGGAGCCGUGCAUGCGGAGCGAGCCGCUCACCCACUACCCGUUCUCCAUCUCUCAGCUCAUGGACUUCCAGCCGUACGACUCCUCCGUGGGGUACCAGGGAUACUACUCGGCCAACUCCAACUCUCACCACUACAACACCUACCUGAUGAGCAGAGAGGAGUCUCCGUACAUGGGAGACUCUGUGUACUACCCCUCAGGACUUGGGAUGUGUUCAGUACCCUUACUGAGCUCCUCAUGA